AUGACAGAGCAUGAAACGUUGGUAACACAAUUGACGAAUGAGCAUAAGAAUGUCUACGAAUUUGUGAUGAAUGAUAUUGAUUCUAAAGGAUGUGAAUUGUUCUUUGUGUAUGGUUACGGAGGAAUAGACAAGACGUUCGUGUGGAGAAUGUUAUCGUCAAAGAUAUGGAGCCGCUGUGAUAUUGUUCUCAACGUUGCUUCGAGUGGAAUAACAUCUUUGCUCUUGCCGGGAGGCAAGACGACGCAUUCCAGAUUUGCUAUACCACUCUCUUUGAACGAAGAUUCCACGUGCAAUACAUCGCAAGGCAAUGACCUUGCUGAGCUUAUAAUAAGGAGCAAAUUGAUAAUAUGGGAGACGAAGCACCGAAAACCAUGA